AAACCAGCUGUUGAGACAUAACGUAACGGCGUAUGUUUGUUUUAUUUAAUCUAUUUGGCAUAGCACCUUUUAAACCCUUUUCGAAAAUAUGUGAAGUGAUAAAUAUCUGCGAAAAUUUAAUCAUUCGGUUUGUGAAGUUAUAUAAAAACACGCUUAAUGAAUUGACCUGCUGUUACGUAAAUUAACUGUACUUGAGAACUAAAUAUAUUUAUAAGCACAACAGCAGUAACAACAACUACAACAAUGGAACUUACCGAAACGCUGGCCCUCAAGUUUGGCGUGCCCGUUGAAGCCUUUCGCCUUAUACUCACACUGAUAGCUGGUUAUCCGAUUGCAGCGAUUUAUCGUAAGGUGAUUGUUAACAUAGAAACCAAAGCGUUGCAUCACCUGUUUUUCGCCUUUUGUGGUCUUAGUUUAUGUUAUUUCAAUUAUGGCAAGGACACAUAUCAUUCGCUUUUGGCUAUUAGCGUCACCUUCGUGCUGGUUAAUCUGAUGCGCGGUGCUCCGCAUUUGCUGAUAGGCAUUAACUUCGUCUUUCACAUGAGCUAUUUGCUGCUGGGCUAUUACUUUACGGCCAGCAACGAGUACGAUAUCUUGUGGACCAUGCCACAUUGCAUAUUGACGUUGCGCAUGAUUGGCUUUGGUUUUGAUGUGGCCGAUGGAUUGAAGCCCGCGGAUCAGCUAUCGAAAGAACAGAAGGAGACGGCGUUGCGAGAUCUACCCUCAUUUCUUCAGUUAUUGGCGUAUGCUUACUUUCCCAGUGGCUUCUUGGUUGGACCUCAGUUUCCUUAUCGACGAUACCAGAGGUUCACAAAUGGCGAAUUUCUGGAGCACGCGGGCUGUGUGGACGCCGGCCUUCAGCGUCUAGGCAUGGGUGUACUCUACCUUAUUGUUUGUCAAGUUGGAUUAUCCUACCUACCGGAUAACUAUUUCUUGACACCGGAAUUUGUACAAGUGAACUUCAUCAAGCGCAUCUUUUUACUGGGCUUUUGGGCCAAGUUCACUCUGUACAAAUACAUUGCAUGCUGGCUAUUCGCAGAGGGAGCUCUUAUGUGCAUUGGUUUCACGUACAAGGGCAAAGAUGCACAGGGGCAGCCGGAUUGGUUUGGUUGCACCAAUGUAAAGCUAAUGCUGCUCGAGACCGGCAAUACCAUGGAACACUAUGUGCAGAGCUUCAAUGUGAAUACCAAUCAAUGGGUCGCUCAAUAUAUAUUCAAGCGUCUCAAGUUCCUCAACAAUAGGAAUAUUAGCUACGCGGCUGCUUUGAGUUUUCUAGCCGUUUGGCAUGGCUAUCACAGUGGCUAUUACAUGGCAUUCGUUAUGGAGUAUAUGAUUGUCAGCACUGAAAAACAAAUCGAACGAGUUUACACUAGGGAAGUGCUGCCCAAAUACGGCGAAACGUUAAACAAUUCUAUGAUCUAUAAAAUACUUAAUUUCGUGGCCCUAAAAUCUUACAACAUCGUCUACAUGGGCUGGUGUCUGACCUCAUUUGUUUUUCUCAAAUACGAACGUUGGAUCAAAGUCUAUGCCGCAGUUAACUACUUUGGUUUCAUAUACAUGAUCAUAUGGGCUUGCAUGUUCCGUGGCUAUCGUUUUUUGGUUGGCAAAGAGUCUCGGAAUGUUGAAUCUACUGCAGCAGUAACUGGAAAGCAAUCCACAUAUUAGUGGGUCAACAAUACGUGAACCUGUAUGCGUUCAGCAAAGCUUCUUUCGUUUAAAAUUGAUAUCAAGACGUUACCAAAUAAUCAUAUUUUACUCUAUUAUAUAUAUAGAUUGUAAAUGAUUAAAUGCGAUAAGGAAACGAGGCGUGGCGUAAACGUUUAGCUGUUUUCAAUCGUUCAUAACAUAAAGCAAUGUCUAGUCAGUGAAAAAUAGUUGAGUUGCUCUAUGAACGCGCAAGUGCAAAAAGGCACCGAGACUUAUCCAACUAUAAAGACAAUUUUAUACGAUUAAUAAGUAAAUACAAAUAUAUAUUUUGAUAUGCUCAGAAACUGUAUAAGAGAUAAAGAAAUACACGGAAAGUGUAAAUUUCAAUAAAAUGAAAGCAAUGAAAUCAGAUAGAGAUAAGUUCAUUAACAUUUCCUUGAUCCUUGUAAAUAUUGUAGAAUCAAGGCUUUUAAACUAUAUCGUAGUUAGUUUUUA